UAACAGUCCAUUAUCUAGCUGGCAAUGGCAAACUCGUUGCUUACGCGGCCGAGCAUGACAAUCUUUUGCGCCUCGCGGUUUAGCUUUUCAAGAAACCUCGUUAAAUUUUCAGUUCCAGUGAAGACUAACCCAGUAGCAGUUAGCACGACCGUGUCGGAGAAGAUCCUUUGCCCUAUCGGCACGGUGGCGGCCCCUUUUUUUCUCCGCCGGAGUCUAUGUACCCGACCAUCUGCCGACCAGAAUGGUUUCCGCACAAUCGAUUCUCCUCUUAUGCAGUCCAUGGAGAAUAAGAUCAAGGAACAACUGAAUGCAGAAUCAGUUGCAGUUAAUGACCUCAGUGGUGAUGGUCGGCAUGUCAGGAUCGACGUUGUGUCUUCAGCUUUUGAGGGGCAAUCUGCUGUGAACAGACAGAGGAUGGUAUACAAAGCCAUAUGGGAAGAGCUCCAGCACACUGUGCAUGCUGUUGACCAGAUGAGUACCAACACCCCCGCUGAAGCAUCACAAAAGAAAUGACGUUCCAUGCUUUUACCUAUCUUUCUAGCUUCUAAUUUAGCUUAUGAGCUAAAAUUCGCAAGUCCUCCUACUUUGCUUGAGUAGUUAUGUUAUGCUAUAAUUUCUUUAAUUUUGAUUAGCACAGAAGGGCAUCUCAAGAAUAAAACAUUAUGUAAUUUUUCUAUGAAUUGAUUGUAAAACAUUGGUGUGAUGAUCUUUUAAAAGGAUUUUAUCACAUUCACUAUCGUUCAAGUUACUUGAAAAGGCAAAUUUUUAAACUUUUUUUAAUAAUGUUAAUUGAAAAGUAAAAA